GGUUAUAUCACGGAGAGGAUCGUUACCCCAACCGGUCUUUGAAGCGCGCGCGUAGUGCCGUAAACCGCAGCGCUGUCGUUAAAACUGUACGUUUCCUGCAACACUGAACGGUGCAGCCACUUCUGAGGUAGCGACGUGAGGCGGCUCUAAAAGGAUACUGAUGGAGAAUGGUGUGGGAGACGAGACGGGUGAAUCGGAGCGUGUGCUUCAGCCACAGCAGCGGUGUCGCUUCUUCUCUCAAGGGAGACACUGCAAUUUUGGGAAAAAAUGCAGAUUCUUACACAUGAGAGAGGAUACCAAAGAGCAGGAGAAGAAAACCGUGACACACAGCCAGCCACAUGUCCCAACUUCAACCUCCGACAUCCCUGGAGAAGAUGUGGGACACAGGCCCUCUCCUAGAACCUCUCGGGUCGCCCCGGCAGCUGGCCGUCGCCGCCCCUGUCGCUACUUUAUCUCAGGCGACUGCACCAUGGAAGACAGGUGCCGCUUUUGGCAUCCACUAGAGUUCCCCCCAGUUGAUCAGCAGCCGGUUCCUGUCAAUCACCCAAAACCUGCACAGAGGAUGCCACCAGUCUCCCGCCCCGGCACUCUCCAGGAGGUCAAGCUGUGUGACCUGACGGAGGAUGUCGCCAAGCAGCUACGUGACACGGAGAUCAAGCAGAUGAAGAAGCGCUUUCCCAAAGAUCAGCUGAUUAUUCAGGAACGUAGUGAUGGCAUGGUUAUCUAUUACAGGGCGACUGUGGAGGCCUCUGAUCCAGACUGGCCUUUUGAUCUGAAAGAAGUCGACAUCAUGGUCAGCUUCCCAGACACUUACCCGCAGGAGAUUUUCACAUUGGACAUACCGUUGGACCAGGAGCUUCCACCAGUAAUGGCAAGACACAUACAGCAAGCGUCAGUCGAGUGGCUUCAAGCCAAGCAUGCAACCAAUCAGCUUCUGGGAAAGAUUGAGCUGCUCUUCAGGCCUUUUCUCCGAUGGCUCGACCGUAGCUUGGAGAGACUUUUCACUGAAGGAGCCCGGCAGUUGAAAAAAGACGUUGACUUAGAAAAAGCUGGAUUGCAAUUCAUAACGUAUCAGGAGCUGCAAGCAACCGUGUGUGAAAAAUCUGCGACCGACCGCUCUAACGACCCGGCGGAUGCAGAUGGGGAUGUCAGUGACGGUGGAGAGCUGGAAGAGACGGACGUCGAGCGCACAGUGGAGGGAGGGAAGUUAAUGCAGCAAGAGGGCACAGAAGUGGGAGAGGAUGAGGAAGCCAGUCAUCUGGUGGAGAACAUUAAGAUCAGCAAUCCCCGCAGGGGCACGGAAGUGAAGCUGCAGGGACUGAGGAUGGGAGAGAACACCGCAACAGUCGUGGCCCAACAAAUCACCGUCUGUCUUCAAUGUAACAGGUGUAAGGUAACUGCAGAUCUGUCCCUGAGUGGAAGGACAACCUGCACAGCUCAGUGUGAAAAGUGCAGCGCGAGCAUCACUGCUGCAUUCAGGCCCUGCAUGCUGCACCACUACAGCGAUGUCCUGGGAUACCUGGACCUUCACAAUGCGGUACCUGCCGACCUGGUGCUUCAGGAGUGUGAACUCAUUGUGGGCUGUCUCAGCUGCUCCGAGGAGUGCCCUCUGCAGAACCUUUCCUAUGGUCAAACAAAAGAGCUAAAUUGCGAACACUGCCACAGCAAACUCACUAUUCUGGCUGAGAGCACAAGAUUCCAGUACAUUCAGCCACGCGUCAACCAAUCAGGUCCAAGUGCUGGCGCUUUUAGUUAUAAGAUGAUAAGAGAUCCUGCUGUGCAAAAAGGGAAGCCACUGCCAGAAAAAGGAGGAUGCAAACACUACAAACAGAGCCAUCGCUGGCUGAGGUUUCCCUGCUGUGGACGGGCUUACCCGUGUGAUGUGUGCCACGAUGAGGACCAGGACCACCCCAUGGAACUGGCCAACAGGAUGAUCUGUGGCUACUGUGCCAAAGAACAGCCGUACAGCAACGGAAAGCCAUGCGUGAGCUGUGGAAGCUUGAUGACCAGAGGUGCGCGCUCCGCUCACUGGGAAGGAGGACUGGGAUGUAGAAAUAAAGUCAAAAUGAGCAGAAAUGAUCGACAUAAAUAUGCCAACACCAACAAAACAGUUUCGAGGAAGUCAGUCGCUGAAAAGAAGUAGUUGACAAAGAAAAGCAUUAUUGCCUUAAUUAGUGAAUUAUGAAUUUGCUAAUUGAUUUCAAUAAAAAUGUUGCAUAUUUUACCCUUAUUACUAUGACUAUCAAAUGCAUGAUAUUCCGGGUUUUUGUUAAUCUUUUUGUUUGUCGAGUCCAAGGGUGUGUGUGUUCUUGAUCUGUCCGGUCCUCCUGUUGAACUCGUGUAUAUAAAAGGCAGAACUUUGUUGAUCCUGAGACUUGCAGCAGUAGUCAGUGGUACCACAGCAAGAUGUUGAACAACCGUGAACUUCUUCUGCAGUCACCUCCCUGUGGGACCUUGGGCUGUCUCCUGCAGCCAGUUCAGGAUUAUUUGCUUUUUCACCAGCUGCCUCUCAUCUCCUUUGUUCCCUGUCCUACUUUCCUUUUCCAGCUAUGUUUUCUUAAUGUUUCUUAACGCCCGGCGGGGACCAAUGACAUUAUUUUGCAUUAUCUCAUACUGUAUUGACUUUGCACUUUAGUUCCUACUGCCCGAGGUGCACCCAUGACGUAAUGCAUUUCCAUCCUUGUGGUGGUGGGCGUGGUUUCGGCUCGGCUGCAGAGGGGGAGAGAGGGGGAGUGGCUCGGGGAAUGGUGACAGCUGGAGGUUCAUUACCUCCAGCUGUCACCACCGAACAAUUGACUAGACCAGUGGUUCUCAACUGGUGGGUCGCGACCCACUAGUCGUUUUUAGUGGGUCG